CUCGAUCCCGCAUUGCUGUGCAAGGUGAAUGAACAAGCACAUCCACAUGAGCUACUGUACUUUUCCAGCCCUCAAAAUCCUCCUCAAGAACUACCUAGGCUACGACGACGCCAAUGUAGAGAACAACCUCUCCAGCGAACUAGAGGAUGUGAUUGAGGCGGUGGAGAUGACGCCGGCGGACAUCAACGAGGUGCUGAUAAAGAACAGGAGAAACAAGAAGGCAACAAUGGGGGAAUUAGUGAAGAUUUUGAGAGGGAGAGCAGAGAUGAACAAGGCAAAGUCCGGGGAGAAGAUGAGCGAUCAUGAAGAAGAGCAAGAGAAGUGUUAACAGUGAACUUCCAAUAAUAUCCCUAAAAAAUUGCCGUCUAAGUUGCCUGGGGACCAAAAUGGUUAAAAAAUUAAUAGUCAAAGGGUGUAAUUAGCCAAAUCAAAAUAACUAGGACCAAAAAGGUGAAAUCGACAUA